AUGACGGCAGCGCCCUCCGGGCACGGGGCUGUGCGCGAAGAAGGGGCCCAAUCUCGAGGCAGCACCGCCCGAGCGAGCGGAAAGGUGCUGCGCGGGGAUCCCGGUCGGGCUGGCCUCAUUGUGGGCGGCGCUGCGAAAUCUAGCGAGUCGAUCGCCGCGCACGGGACGGAUGGGGGUCGGGAGGAUGGCCCCGUAGGACGGAGGAGGGGACAGCCGAGGGGGAUCGACGCUGCAGUCCCGGCGCAUCGCGGGCGCCUGGGCCGUCAGGGAGAGGAGGAGAGGGCGCCGGGUGGCGGAUAG